CCAAUCUCACGUCUAACUAUCACCGUCAUCACGGACGAACCUGGUCCGUUCCCUCGCCUUCCUGUCUCGCGCUUGCCUUAUCCUGCCCACGUACUCGCUGACCCGAGCCAGAGGGACUUUCUUGAUCAGGCCAGCCCCGUUGUUGGGUGCGCAUGCGCUGUGAGUUUCCGGCCACAAGCCACACUCAGGCGGCGAUGCGGUUGGAUAUUGAGGAGAGGAUCGGGACCGGUGGAUUUGGCAGGGUUUAUGCCGCAAGGGUCCUUGGGGAACCGCAACGUAGGGUCGUUGCACUGAAGAAGGCGCGGGUCGAGGACAGCAUCGAGAACCCGAUGCUACGCCAUGAGGCUUGCGCAAUGCUGAUGCUCAAAGGUCACCCGAGUAUCCCUGAGAACUUCCUCCUCGGCCUCAACGGCCGCCAAGGUCACGUCAAGCUCAUUGACUUCGGCCUCGCCAGGAAUUUCCGCAAUCCGUUAACGCAGCAACACAUUCCCGUAGAAACCAUGCGCAGUCAUGUCGGGACCCGGACGCACAUGAGCCUGAACAUUCACUUGCACCAUAACCCAUCUCGCAGAGACGACAUGGAGUCUCUGGCGUACACGAUCGCCGAUCUCCUUUGCGGCGGCCUCCCUUGGUCGAAACUCAACUCUUCCGACUACUUCGCCGAGAAGCAAGCAUGGACCGGCUCAGCGCUUUGCGCCGGCUACCCAGAAGUCUUCGGCAAGUUUGUCGAUUACACACGCUCCUUGGGCUUUCGAGAGGAGCCCGAUUACGAGACGUGGCGACAGCGCUUUUUGGCCGUCGACCCCGAAUUGCAGGGUUACCCCUUAUACGAUUCCUCGAAGGCUGGUACCGUGGUUGGAAGACGCCUCGGGGGUACCGCUACACCGCCCGCUGUGUCACAGCAACAACCAUCCUCGCACGUGGCUGACAAGGAUUUCGACUGGAUCAGUAUGUCGACCUGGGGCGAGCGGUUCGAGGUCGCUUCGGAGGACCUCUUUGAUGACGAGCAGGCGAUGGUACAACAGCUCCAGACCAUCGAGGAGCCGGUUCCGAGAUAUUAUGAAUGGGAGACUAUUCAUCCAUUUUGA